AUGGCGAGUUUGACGAUGGUGGGACCCACCCUGAGACAAUACGUCCAUCGCUAUGUACCCAAGUUGCUAAGCGCACAGCAUGUGCGCAAUUGGGCUGCUUGGAGUGAGUGGAAUCCCGUGGAUGGUCAAGCUUACCAGGCUUUAUUUCAGCAAAGGAUGACUGAACCGAGUGCCUACCUGGACUUUGCCGUUUCCCUUCGUGAACGGGACGAUUUGCCCAAGGACCUGCUCGCAGUGUUGCAGAAGGAUUUGGCCGGCGAGCUCUUGCGUCAAGCGGCCGAGAAAAGUGAGACCCUGCAGGUGGAGUCGGAGCCGUGGCCGCAGGAGCUGAAGGACCAGCUCAUCCAGGACCUCAACGAAUCCCUAAAGCUGAUGCAGGAAGGUCAAGCAGGUUUCGAGGACCCCAAGGAGAUCGAGAAGUUCAAGUGCCAGGCGCAUGAACUUAUCAUUGAAGUGCACCGUUCAGAGCUCUUCUGGGUCCGUUAUCAGCUCCUCUACAUCCGUGCCAAGUGUGCCGCUCUGCGACGUUGCGACCUCCCUGAAGCUCAAUCCAUCGGGCGGCGCAUGGCGGCGGCGGGCUUGCCCAGCGUGGGAGAGGAGGAGCUGCUGCUGCGUUCCAUCAACUGUGCUCGAGCUGUUUAUGAGGCCACCGCUGCAGCAGCUGAAUCGAUUCCGAGCAGCUUUGCGGACAAGUGCCAGCGUGAGUUGGCUGUGACCUUGGCUUCAGACCUGGCAGAUUUGGGAAUGGCACGCUAUAAGGCCAACGAUGAAGACCAGGCGCAGAAGUACAUGAGUGAAGCUUUGGGCACGCUUUCCAAGCCCAAGCUCGUUCUCGACAACUUUGAGAAAUUCAUCUUCCGCUCUACUGCGGAGAAGUUGCAUCAGGACAUCAAAGAUACGGCCUGCGCAGUGGAUGCACAGGUCUCUGCCGGCUCCUUGGAGCUCGCAGCUGCCAUCGACACAUUUAAAAAUCAGCAUGGCUCUGCCGAGCUUUGUGCAUAG